UGAUCAUGGGCAGAUAUAAUACUGUUACCUGGAAGCGCACCGACUUGCCCGUUUGUGGAAGUUUACCGAACUCCGAUCGUUUGCUCUGCACUAAUCACAGCUCGAGAACGUUCGGCAUUCAAGACCAGUAUCUCCACUUGCAACCCCUGUCAUCCUAGCAGCAUCGACUGAGAGCGGAGUUGGUCGACAAGCUACAAGAAAGGCGUCACCUCGCGACACCCUUCGUCGACUAAAUUCCUCGAAAAUGGAAGAAUGCCGUCGUAUUUCGCAUCUGCCUAUCCCCAAAUUCAGCGACCUGACUCAUCGGGCUACCCCGGCCGUGCCUUAGGCAGCCAAAAACGCGACGUCCUUGAUUGGCCUUAGCAGACCAAUUCUGCCCAUCUAGCCUUCGACUAUGAGCCCUCAAACCGGCGGGCAGAUAGUUGAUUUGCGGAGCGAACCAUCGCAGCGGGCUCUCAAUAGGACUUAUAGACGCAAUGGAAAACUGCAAUCCUGCGAGCCUUGCAGGAAGAGCAAACUCAGAUGUGAUCAUGUAGUCCCAACAUGUAGUCGGUGUGUGAGGAGGAAAUGUACGGAUAAAUGUGUGUACCAUCCAAAUCCGCUCACUAAAAAACGUCAGACGACAGAGAGGCCACUUCCAACUCCUGCUACUACGAUCAAUGAAGACCUUUCUCCGGCACCUUUGCCUACCAUUGAAUCGUCAGAGCCUAGUUCACCUCACUCGCCUACUUCCCUUGGCUACCGUAUCUUCGAGGAAUCUCAGUUGGAGUCCCAAGAGGUUCCAUUACACGCGCCAGCAAAGCUGAACCGAGCGGCAUCAGCACCGCCUCUACAGUCGCAUCAGUGUAGAAGCGAUCAGGGACGGGUGAAUCCAGGUUUCUUCGGCACUACCAAUUACAUGGCUUUCUUUUCAGAAAAUCUCGGCAAACUUGGAGUCGUGUCGACAGAGUUGGAGGGCCCCAAGCUUCCGCGGUUGCAUAUCUCCAAUGACCAGAUUGUUCGGGGCACCCAGAUACUCUCUUUCUUAAAGGACACGAGCUUGAUUCACGAUUUCGUUAACCGCAGUUUUGUCAUCGGCGACGGUAUCGUUAAUGUCUGCAUUGAACCCGUGAUGAAGCAAUGGCUCUUGAAACUGUGGGCGAAUCACGGGGAUACGCUCAAGAAGCGCAAUCCCGAGAAACUACGUCGCCUGUCUGAAUUACUAUGGCACAACACACUUACCUCGAUAGUUGUCAAGCAGGAUAUGGACUACAAGGCCUGGGCGAUGCAGGCGACUGGGAUGAACAUCCGAUGGGAGGUGAUUGGCAUCAUUGCCGCACUCGUCGGGCAAUGCGCGACGACACUAGGCCGGUCAGAUCUUCUGCUUACGCAGCACAAUGUGUCGAAACCAAUUCUAGCACGGCGGAUGAGUGAGAUCUCUUCUGCAUGUCUCGAAUUUUGUCGUGAUUGCGAAGCGCUGGACGACCUAUUUGUCUGGCUACUUACAGAGAACAUGGCCUUGACGGAGUCGAUCAAGGGGGCCGGAAGCUAUGCCUUGUACCGCGAGUCCGGCGAAUAUGUGAAUGCCAUAGUUGCCAUGGGUCUGCACAUAGACGUGAAGCAAGGGAAACAACACAUCCCUUUCUUCAUCGAGCAGAUGCGAACGCGGUUGGUGGCUGGAGCGUAUUCCGUCGACAUUAGCAUAUCCUCUUAUCUUGGUCGCCCGCCACGACUAUCAUAUCGGUACUGCAACCUCAUUCCGCCUAUGGAUAUACCGGAUACCCAGCUAGUUGCCAGUGAAGACGAGAUCGCUCGCAUUAUCGCAGCAUUGGACGAGAACGGAUUUGGCACGAGUGACACGGUCUCUCGGGCUACCUUCGCGAAAGCCUGGGUAGGCUUCGCCCCGAUCCGAGAAGAAGUCCUCGAUCUAUCUCUAGGGAGGUAUAGCCGUGAAGAAAUCUUCCGUCGCGCUGAGGAAAUACAGAAAAAGAGCAACGAUUACUGGGAGAACUUACCAUUGUUUAUUCGGAGUAUGGCAAGUGACACAUACGAGUACAAUGACAUUGGUCUAACGAGUAAGCGACCCUUUGAGACUUUGUUGAAGAUCACGCUUAGGCAAGGCUUCCGCGCAAAUGAGCUGCUUCUCCAACGAGUUUUAAUCCGCAAGACUGGCGCUAGCUGGGACAAGCUUGUCGAGGCGGCGAGCUCCAUUUUCGAGGAUAUCUUGCGAGUCACCAAGCGCCACGACCUGGCGUCUUUAUUACAAAGCAAUAUAUCGGCUUUGCUUGCCGUCUCGGGCCUGCGGAGCGCCUCUGUUAUUGCGGUAGAGUUGCUGAAACAGGAGCAGAUGCCCAACUACCCCAAGAACCCACUGCUGCCGAGAAGUCGGACGAUUCAAGACUUGUCCGUGUUUGCGGCCAGGCUCGGGGAUGUCGAUCCAUCUGAUGGCCAGUUCACCGUGUGCGACCAGGGUCGAAAGGUCAUCACGCGCAUUCUGGACAAGAUCCUGAGCCCUCCGAGCUCAAUUGAGCGGCCUCUUGCGUCGCACAUACCGCACGAGCAGCAGGCCGAAGCACACGCUAGCGAGGGCAUGGAGUUGAACGUCUUCCAGAGCGAAACAGCACCUCACCAAGAGUGGCCUCCGCCUGAUCCGCUGGACUUCCAGAUAGGAGAGGCAAACUGGGGUAUUGACGUGCCUUUCCUUGGUAACGACAGCGACUUCGUACAAUGGCUCGAGAAUGUCGACUGGGAGAAGCCCAUAUUGCGCUGAUUCUCGCAUCCAUGCAAGCCUAAGGCGUCUGAGAUGAUGAAUCGAACGUAUAUAUCACGCUCCGACGUUAGCAUUAUAUCUCGUCUUCCUAGAAAUAAACGAUCUAAGGAAUUAUCAAAUUUUAUUAUAUAGGCGCACUUCAGGGCUAUUCGAAGGAUUGUGUGGUUUUCAUUCUCCUCCACCUACAGAACCUCGGUCCUCGCUGGC